AUGAAGUUCUAUACCGAAACGGGCAACUGGGAUCUGGUGGGCAACAACACCCCGGUUUUCUUCCUGCGCGAUCCGCUGAAGUUCCCCGACCUGAACCACGUCGUCAAGCGCGAUCCGCGCACCAACAUGCACAGCGCCAACAGCAACUGGGACUUCUGGACUUCGUUGCCGAAGCGCUUCAUCAGCCAUACGUUCAGUUUUAUCAACAAGGACAAUCGGGACCUUUACGAAGCCAUCGAGCGGGGCGACUUUCCGCGCUGGGAACUCAAAGUACAGUUGAUGACCGAGCAGGAGGCCGACGGUUACCGCAUCAAUCCGUUCGACCUGACUAAGGUAUGGCCGCAUGCGGACUUUCCGCUGCACGAUGUCGGCGUGUUGGAACUCAAUCGCAAUCCGGAAAACUAUUUUGCCGAAGUCGAACAGUCGGCCUUUAAUCCGAUGAACGUGAUCGACGGUAUCGGUUUCUCGCCCGACAAGAUGUUGCAGGGCCGCCUGUUCUCGUACCGCGAUGCCCAGAACUACCGCCUCGGGGUCAACCACGGUCAGAUUCCCGUGAACCGUCCCCGAUGCCCGUUCCAUUCGUACCACCGCGACGGGAUGAUGCGUACCGACGGUAACAAUGGCUCGGCGAUCGGUUAUGAGCCCAACAGCUACGGCGAGUGGCAGGACAGCCCCGAAAUGAAGGAACCGCCUUUGAAGCUGCACGGCGACGCUUACAACUACAACGAGCGCGAAUACGACGAAGAUUAUUACAGUCAGCCGGGCGAUCUGUUCCGAUUGAUGUCGCCCGGACAGCAGAAGGCGCUGUUCAAGAACACGGCGGCCAACAUGGGCGACUCGGAACUGUUCAUCAAGCAGCGGCACGUACGGAACUGCCAUAAGGCCGAUCCGGCUUACGGUCGAGGCGUGGCCGAGGCGCUGGGUAUUUCGCUGGAAGAUGCGCUCCAAUCGGCAAAGUAA